AUGUCGGACUAUUUUUCCUGGAUUUUGAUGUUUACUCUUGUGACAUUUGGUUUCGCAUUCGAGUGCUAUAUCUGUAAUCCAAAGAAAGGACCUACAUGCCCAGGUGGCACGAAAUCAUGUUCCAUGGCAGUCUUCGGUAGUGGAGAGCAAGUACGAGUGAGAAAAUUCUGUACAAGCACUGGAUCAACUCUGUAUCAUUACUUACUACUAUUCCCUGGAGCCAGCUUCUGUCAGAAUAUGAACGUGGUCACAAUUUUUCAGACUCCAUCCCUUCUCUGCGUGUGUACAUCACCAUUGUGCAACGCUGGCCAUUUCGCUAGAGUAAUAGAAAACACGAUGCUGAACUACCUACCCAGACAAUUACUCUCGCCACCUCGAGAAGAGAAAAAAAUUGCAUCGAAUUCCGUCCAUGACCAUCCGGACUUCGAUUUGGCAAAACAACUUGCCGAUGCUGGCUUCUGA